AUGUUCAUCCAAGCUGCAGCUGUUGUUGCGCUCCUGCCCGGCGCGUUUGGGUUGGGCGUGCUCUUCCCGGCUUACUUCUGCGGUGACAGUGCGAACUGCUACGCGACGGACUGCCCCCAGUAUGACUCCAUUGUCGCCCAAGUCAAAGCUCACCCCACCGUCCCCAUCUACACUAUCAUCAACCCCGCGAGCGGCCCGAUGUCUACGACCGACCUCUACCCGAACUACGCCACCUGCAUCCCGGAGCUGAAGAACGCUGGGUCUAGCAGCACUGUGCUCGGUUACGUCCGGACCAACUACGGCAACCAGGCCAUUGCGGACGUUGAAGCGGAUAUUGACACGUACGCGACAUGGCCGACGACGUACCGCCCCACUGGCAUCUUCUUCGACGAGGCUAGCAACGAUGCUUCUCUUGCAAGCCAGUACGCCUCGUACGCUUCGUAUGCUCGUAGCAAGGGCUUCAGCUUCAUUGUGUACAACCCCGGAACCUCAACGAACUUCGCCUACUACACCUCCGCCGACCUCAUCGUGACCUACGAGUCCGCAUACUCCAGCUUCUCCACGUCGAACCUGGUCAUCUCCUCAUCCACGCCGGCGGCCAAGCAGGCAGUCCUGGCGUACAACGGACCGUCGAGCUCGCCGACUUCUUUGAUCGACUCGCUGGCGUCGCUCGGUGUCGGUACCGUCUAUGUUACCGACGAUACCUACAGCAACCCGAGCACGGAUAACCCUUGGGAUACGGUGCCGAGUAUCUGGGCGGCGGAGGUGGCUGAUAUUGCGGUGGCUUGA